AUGUCCCAUCACGGAGCUUGCAUUGUCCAUUUGAUGCGGAAUGUUGUGUCGCGAUACAAGAACAAAGGCUUAGCAAAGAUGGUUUGUGAGGCUGCAUUCUCUUACCACCGCAAAGAUUUCGAUCUCUGUUUUGGGAAGAUCAGGCAAGCCAAUGCAGCCUGCGCCACUUACCUUGAAGGCAUUGGUACGUCCAAAUGGUCUAGGACUUACUUCCCCGGCAAUCGUUACAACCUUCUCACCAGCAACAUUGCUGAGCAGCUCAACCAUGCUCUUACCAAGUCUAGGACUUCACCUAUCAUCGAGUUGUUCAUGUUUAUUCAGCGAAUGUUAACUCGUUGGUUCUCUGCGAGAAGAACAAAAUCAGCUAAAUGCCGCAGUUUUGUCACACCGGAGGUCGAGAAGGUGAUGCAGACACAUAUUAGGCUCACUAAAGGCAGUAAAAUUGCAAACAUCACCGAUUGGAGCUAUCAAGUUAGGGGGCUGUUCGGUCAUGCAAACACUGUCUCUCUGGAAACAAAAGUCUGUACUUGCCAAGUGUUCCAGAACUCAAAAUCCCUUGCGGCCAUGCUCUGUUAG